CCCGGUUGCGUCAUGGCGCCGGCUGCGGGCAGCGGCAAACCGUUGCUCGGUGUGGCGCAUGCGCCUCCGCUCCCCCAGCCAACAGAUCACCCCCCCCCCGCCUCACAAUUCCUCCACACCCCCCCUUCAGCUCCCGCCUCUCUCUCUCCUCUUCCCUGUGGCAUUCCAUGGGACACGCGUUGUUGUUUUCUCCCUUACAGGCGAGGGGAGGAGGAGGAGGAGGAAGAAGAUGCCGGGGAAGCUGAAGGUCAAAAUCGUGGCAGGGCGCCAUUUGCCGGUGAUGGACCGCGCGAGUGACCUGACAGACGCCUUUGUGGAGGUGAAAUUUGGAAAUACGACAUUUAAGACAGACGUGUAUCCCAAAUCACUUAAUCCUCAGUGGAAUUCUGAGUGGUUCAAAUUUGAAGUAGAUGAUGAAGAGCUACAAGAUGAACCUCUCCAGAUCACAGUUCUCGAUCAUGAUACCUACAGUGCUAAUGAUGCCAUUGGCAAAGUGUACAUAGAUAUUGAUCCCUUACUCUAUAGUGAAGCAGCUACAGUUAUUUCAGGGUGGUUUCCAAUUUAUGAUACCAUUCAUGGUAUACGAGGGGAGAUAAAUGUGGUGGUGAAAGUAGAUCUCUUCAAUGAUUUAAACAGAUUUAGACAGUCAUCAUGUGGAGUCAAAUUUUUUUGCACUACAUCUAUUCCUAAGUGUUACAGAGCAGUAGUAAUUCAUGGAUUUGUGGAAGAACUUGUAGUUAAUGAAGACCCAGAAUACCAGUGGAUAGACCGAAUUCGUACACCAAGAGCAUCAAAUGAAGCUAGACAGAGACUUAUUUCACUCAUGUCAGGUGAAUUGCAAAGGAAGAUUGGCUUGAAGGUGCUUGAAAUGAGAGGAAAUGCUGUUGUUGGUUAUUUGCAGUGUUUUGAUUUGGAGGGAGAGUCUGGACUAGUGGUGCGAGCCAUAGGAACAGCCUGCACGUUGGAUAAACUAAGUAACACAUCAGCAUUUUUACCUGCAUGUAACUCCCCAUCCAAAGAAAUGAAGGAGAUUCCCUUCAAUGAAGAUCCCAAUCCCAAUACUCAUUCAUCAGGACCCUCCACCCCUCUGAAAAACCAAACCUAUUCCUUUUCACCUUCCAAGUCCUACAGUCGACAGUCCUCUUCUUCUGACACAGAUUUGAGUUUGACACCCAAAACUGCACCUUCCCCACAGAGACCUAGGACUUUCCUGUUUCCCAGCUCCCCUACACUCUCUUGUGAUUCCCCACAUCUUAAGUCCUGUCUCCUCCUCUCGGGGUCUAGCCUUAACCCUCUACACUCUAGCCAUGUCAGCCCAGUUGUUCUGAGGAAAAGUGUUUCUUUCACUGAAGAGCUGCUUCUGGCUGCUUCUGGAAUGGGCAGUGGGAGUGCUGGAAAAGAAGGGGGGCCAUUUAAAACUCUUUUAAGACAACAGACUCAAUCCGCUCUGGAGCAAAGGGAAUUUCCAUUUUUUACCUUGACGACCUUUCCACCAGGCUUUCUUGUCCACGUUGGUGGUGUUGUCAGUGCCCGGUCUGUGAAGCUCCUGGAUCGCAUUCACAAUCCUGAUGAACCAGAGACACGAGAUACAUGGUGGGCAGAAAUCAGACAAGAAAUAAAAUCGCAUGCCAAGGCAUUGGGUUGUCAUGCGGUAGUGGGCUACAGUGAAUCAACCAGCAUUUGUGAAGAGGUCUGUAUUUUGUCUGCGUCUGGCACAGCAGCUGUACUGAACCCUAGGUUUCUUCAGGAUGGCACCAUGGAAGGCUGUUUGGAACAAAGGUUGUCAUGGCAGCCUGGCUUCUUUUCCAUAGGGUCAGAGAAGGGAGAGGUUGAUUUUUUUCCUCAGAGCCAAGAUAGUUCUUCUCUAUUAGGGAUUGAAGAAGCUUCACCACCAGGUUGUGGAUUUUGCCAUAUACCAUAUGAUGAACUGAACAUGCCAUUCCCUGCUCACCUCACUUACUGUUACAACUGCAGGAAGCAAAAAGUUCCUGAUGUCCUUUUCACCACCAUUGAUCUUCCUGUAGAGGCAAUAGUUAUUGGGAAGGGAUGUCUCAUUCAAGCAAGGCUGUGCCGUCUAAAGAAGAAAGCUCAAGCUGAAGCAAAUGCAACAUCUAUCAGUAAUCUCUUGCCAUUUAUGGAAUAUGAAGUGCACACCCAACUGAUGAAUAAACUUAAGCUGAGGGGAAUGAAUGCUCUGUUUGGGCUGAGAAUUCAGAUCACUGUGGGUGAAAAUAUGCUAAUGGGGUUGGCAUCUGCAACAGGUGUGUAUCUAGCAGCUUUGCCAACACCUGGUGGUAUUCAGAUUGCUGGGAAGACUCCAAAUGAUGGCACCUAUGAGCAGCAUAUAUCUCACAUGCAAAAGAAAAUAAAUGAUACAAUAGCAAAAAACAAGGAACUUUAUGAGAUUAUUCCUCCAGAGCUACCUGAAGAAAUCAUCGGGUCUCCCAUUCCAGAGCCAAGACAACGUUCCAGGUUAUUAAGAUCUCAAUCAGAAAGCUCUGAUGAAGUUACAGAGCUAGACCUUUCACAUGGGAAAAAGGAUGCUUUUGUCUUGGAGAUUGAUGAUACAGAUGCAAUGGAAGAUGUACAUUCCUUACUGACAGAUGUGCCACCACCUUCUGGUUUUUACAGUUGCAACACAGAAAUUAUGCCUGGUAUAAAUAACUGGACACCGGAAAUUCAAAUGUUCACAGCAGUAAGAGUAUCCAGAUUAAGCAACAUUAAUCUAACAAAUCAAACCCUGAAUAAGAACUUCAAUGAUCUCUGUGAGAAUCUAUUAAAGAGCUUGUAUUUUAAACUACGAUCUAUGGUUCCCUGCUGUCUUUGUCAUGUAAAUUUUACAGUUGCUUUGCCAGAGGAUGAAUUAGUUCAGAUUGCAGUCACAGCUGUUGCAAUUACAUAUGACAAAAACCAAGCAUUGCAAGCCAACAAAGCCCCUACAGAAAAAUCACAGCAAAGAGCAUCUACAGACAAUGAAGAACAGCUACAGUUUCCGUUGGAACUUUGCUCUGAUCCCCUUGCUUCUCAGCCAUUCUCACCAGCCAAAGAAGUCCUGGAGGGUGCAAGUUCCCAUGCAGGUAUUCCUGCCACUCAGAGAGUGAUGAAGUCCCAGUCAGGCAGUUGGUUCACAGCUGGGACAUCACCAGAAAUCGCAACGUCAGUUGAUUACAGUUCCUUUGCAGACAGAUGCAACAGCUGGAUAGAGCUCAUUAAACUGAAAGCUCAGACCAUAAGGCGCGGAUCAAUUAAGACAACUGCUUCCCUUGAUAAAACAAGUCCUUUGGCUGAGGGAUACUUACGGCACCGUUCUGUUCCAUCAUGCACCAACUCUACUGUCACAGUUGUUAAGAUGACACCCCUUUCUUUCCUACCUGGGGCAAAAAUAACCAAAUACCUCGGGAUAAUCAACAUGUUUUUUAUCCGAGAAACCACUUCUUUGCGUGAGGAGGGUGGUGUCAGUGGUUUUCUCCAUGCAUUUAUUGCUGAAGUGUUUGCAAUGGUGAGAGCUCAUGUGGCAGCUUUAGGGGGCAAUGCUGUUGUCUCCUAUAUAAUGAAGCAAUGUGUUUUUAUGGAGAAUCCAAACAAAAAUCAGGCCCAGUGUUUAAUAAAUGUAAGCGGCGAUGCAGUCAUCUUUGUACGUGAGUCAGAGGUAGAAAUGUUACCAGUACAACCUUCUGCAGUUGUGUCUCAACCCACAAGUUCUGCAGAUGUCACAACGUGAAGACAGAAAAAGUGAAACAGUCUCUGCCAAAUAUAAAGGUGGUUUAAAAUGUGGGAAUGUUUAGGUUUGCAUCUUCAAAAUCAGUAUCUCUCCAUAACAUUAAGAGACAAAAUCCAAGACAAUCAGCUCUACUUUGUCCUUUACAUGAUAGUCAGAGCAGCAUAUUGGCAGUUAUGCUCUCAUUCUUCUGUUACAAUCAGAGGCCCCUUUUGAAACCUAGACAGAAGAUGUAGCACAGGUAUGAAAUUAUGGAUUAAAAUAGUAGGAAUCACAUGGAACAGUGAACACAAAUCUGUCACAUUUUUCAGCUAUUUAACAGGUCCAUAAAAUUUUCUCAUUCAGAACCAUUUCCAAACUUGCAUAUAGUAUAGCUGAUGCUCAGCUCUGUUUAAAAAAUGAAAGAGGAGUUGGGGUAGGUGGGAGAUAACUGAAAAGCCUGUGUUAGGAACAUUUGCCAAAGGAGCAAGAGAUUGUGUGCAGGCUAAUAAAAUAUGAGGUGAAGUCUGAACUUGGUUUAGAUCAUAGAAUAUGAAGAGGAAGAAGCAGCACCAAAAAGUCAUAGUCUGAAUUAUUUCUGCAGACUAAAAAUAUUUUUCCACCAUUUUUGAACUGCUGAUUUAUUUAAAUUAUUACUCUACAGUGUAUAUUGUGGGUGGAUGUUUUGGGCUUUUUAUUGUUCAUUUUUCUUCUUUAAAGUUGCCAGACCAUGAAGCUGUGUUCCUUGUCAUCCCUAUGAUAAAAAGAAACCAAACAACUUAAUAAAAAUUUCCCAAAAUGUGUCUGUAAUAAGCUGUUCACUUCAAUAUUGACAAAACAAAUCUUUUUUUUAUAUAAGAUUCAGUGAAAAAAAUUUCCUAAGGCUCAUUUUCUUAAGGCAUGGUCUCUUGCAAGGAUGACAAACAAGCCUCCAAAAAUCAAUUAUACAGAGUUAUACUCCAGACUCCUUUCUGUUUAACAAGUUAGAAAUGCCUGGUGGCUUGGAGAUAGAUGAAUGUUUGUGAGGCUGAUUUCUGCAACUUAGUUGGUUGGAUUUUUGUUUCCGGUACAAUAACUGGGAAAUGAGGGUAUUACAGAGAAAGGAGAUUUGUCAUUUCCAGUAAAUAUCUGAAAGGCAGUGAUAUUUGAAUAUAAAAAAUGCAGGCUUUGAUCUGAAGAUGCAUUCUUACUUGAUUCUGACAAUACCAUACAUGGAACUUGAACAAACAUGUAAACUUGAAUGUAAAUACUCUGCUUAGUGUUGAAAUUAAGCAAUGGCAUGAUUGUUUGUUAAAACUAAUUAUUUUAUUGUAAAUGAGCAUGAAAAUCAUUGUUGCACAAUAAAUUUCUGUAUAAAAUUUAUUGCCUUUUUAUAUGUGUAGCAGUUAAAUGUGAUGCUGGAUACAUAUUAAAGAAAUCC